UCAGUUCUCAUGCGGCUUUCAUCCGAACCGCACCGUAUCAGUUCGCAACGGAAUUUUGCCAAAAAGAUACUUUUGAAACUACGUAACGAACUUCAAAGCGACACGUGGGUGUGAAAAAAGGCUAUAAAAAAAAAACAGCUUCAAAUUGCAGUGUUCGUUAAAUUAUAAGAAAUCAGGCGAAAUAUCUAAAUGAUGGCGAAGUGAAAUGAAUUCCGAGGAAUGUCCGCAAUUGGUCAACCUGUGAGUCCAGCGAAUCCCGUGUGAGUGCUGUGCGUGCCCAGACGAUGGCGGUGGGCAGUUCAAUUAUGGAGACCGUCGCUAUUUUGGCCCUGCUGCUUGGCCUGUUCAUUCGAAGUGGCUACUGCAUAGACUGUUUCAAAUGCGUGUCAUACAAUGGUGCUAACAAGGCCUGCGACGAUCCCUUUCACAACAACUACUCAACGGCCAUUUUGGAGUCGCCCUGCAUGGGCGGCCGGAAGGGGCGUGACGGCCUGUUUCCGGCCACCGCUUGCAUCAAGAUCGCCGGCUAUUACGAUGGAACUGGCGAGACGAUAACGGUGAGAGGUUGCGCCCUGGACAGCGGCACCCUGACCACCGACACAGAGAUUAUAAGAAUGUCGCAUUGCGGAAAGUUCUACUACGAUGACAAGUACGUGCACGGGUGCUUGCAGAGCUGCAGCGAUGCGGAUGCCUGCAACUCGGCCAGGAGGCAGGGCGCAAGUCCCGCAGACCUGGAGUCACUGAUGAGGCACCUGCUCAGUCUGGUCGUGUUCCUAUUGGCUGCCAGCAGGUAGCAUAGUGGAUAUCUGUAGGUACCGCAUCCGGAGCAGAAGAGGCAGGCGGAAAUAUGGCUGCAAGGGAAGUAAGGCAGCCGGGAAGGCAUUCAAGUCGUCUUGGAUGCACGUGGAAAUCCUUUUCUUUUCCUUCGAAUCUCUCUGUGUCUAGGAUCGCAAUCGCACCCAAAUGUAAACGCACUCGAGCUGCUGCAGCAAGGACACGCUCGGAAACACACUCUCUCUUACACACAAUAACAUUAUGGAAUUCAUCAAGCAAUUAUGUGAUUUUUAAGCGAAUACUUAACAACUAUCAAACAAUAAUUGAUGAGCGCGAAAGGAAACUAUUUAGAUGCUAAGCAUUCGAGUGGCGAAAAUCAAAGAAAAACACUGCAAACCAAAUUCAAAUUCUAAUUGCAAUUAUUUUUAGCUCCUAAGAAGGAAUCUAGACUUUAAACGCUGUCGCUUAGUGAAAGGCAGGAAUGGUUUACGAUUUAUAUACGAUGUGUUUUACCUUGGCAUAAGUAAGCAUUUUUCACCUCUCUAGAUGAGUAUUGUACAUAUACAAAAACAAUUUAUCUAUUUGUUAAACGAGUGCUGAAUUUUGGGCAGAUUAUAAAUAGUUGUGUAAAUGGAUUAGUGAGUAAAAUUAGCAACGAAAACUGCGAGCUACAAAGAGGGAGGAAAAUUACUUUUUUUUGGGAGAUUGAUGUAAUAACGUCAUCUUUAUUUAAACAGUUUUGUUUUACAUUAUCAAACCACUAUUAGAUUACUUGGUUUACUCGGAACUGUGUGAACUAUUUACUAUCAAAUAUUACUUCUAUUAAGUCCUAAAUCAAGCCAUAAAUGCCGGUCAUAAAUGACACAAUUCGUUGCUAUAUAGACUUCUGAAUUUAGACAGCCAACUACUAACACUUACCGCCUUACCAGUCUGGUGCGGUUGAUUCACCGGAAGAUUGGUUAUCAUGUCCGGAUAACCUGAUAGGGUAUCGGUUACCUAGGUGUUGCCUAGCCGCCGCCAAAAAUAACUAUCGCAAUUGCUUAGUACAUUCAAGCAGCUCAAUCGAAAUGGACGGUAAGCACUGGCGCAUUCCCCUUUUCCGUUCGGAUCCUCCAAUUUAGCGGGAUAAUUUCGCUGACUUGCAGGUCACAGCUGGCUUCACUUCAGCAACGGAGCAAUCCCCCAGGCAGCCGUUGUGGCUGGUCACGAUUCCGAUGGCGACACCAUCUUCAUUGGCCGCGCCUUCUACUGCAACGACAUGCUGCCGGCCAAGAUUAUCCCCAACAAGGGCAAGGCCUACGUGGCGUAUGCCAACCAGGAGGUGGAGCUGGAGAACUACGAGGUACUCAGCGGCUUCAACUACGAGUGGCUGCCGGCCGAGAACGGAGAGGUGCCUCCCGGCGCCGUCAAGGUCGGCCAGAAUGUCGACGGAGAGACCUUGUACGCCGGAAGGGGCUACCAUGCCGGCAGUUUGACCGUGGGCAAGGUGCAUCCGUCCCACGGCUGCCUGUACAUUCCCUACGAUUCCGAGGAGGUUAAGAUAUUCGCCUACGAGGUUCUGUCCCGUCGCUUGGAGGCGAGAUAGGUGAUCCAUUUUCAGUUAUUGCCUGUUAAUCACAAAUAAAUUCGACACUUUUUGUAGACGCUCGUGUGUUGUUAUCUCCAUUUGGUGAUCAUAAAACUUCCUUAUCGUGCAAAGAUUAAUUUCAAACAUAACUAAAAAUAAUAGAGUUGAUAGCUUGAGAAAUACGUGGUUAUUAUAAUGUAUUGUAGAUGGUAUUGGUUUUUCAGACUUCAACUUGUGCUCGCAGUUUUCGUCCAUACCCCUUUUAUGCAGGAAAAAGUUAUAAGUUAACAAAACCAAAUAUAACCACAGUGAAGCCACUAAUUAACGUCUAAGUUGAAAACUCUCUUAAUUACGCGAUGCCUAAAUACUUGAUUGUAAAAUCGAGCUAAAUUUUCAUAUGGAUAUGGCGAACCAAUAGGACCAAACUAAAUAAAACGAAUACUAUAACGAAUGGGUCGGAGUCCACGGCAAUGACAUUCGAUAUGCAUCGAAUUCUAGUUUAAAUUGUUUAUGGUUCGCAUGUCGGUACUUCAUUUUUCGGACUAAGCGAGCUUGCAAUGGUUUCCGCAAAUAAAAAUCAACAACAACUAUGUAUAAACAAGUGAAGAAGUUUUGAUAGAACGCAACGGUUUUUGAUCGGUAGCAGACAGGCAACACAUCAAAAUCAGGCAAUUCGCAUUUUCUCUCUGCUGAAAUCGCUUGCUUGCCACGCAACUAAACGCAAACUAAUCGAAAGCAAACACAAUACGCACUUAUUGGCUAUAACGGCUCCCCGGCUAAGGGCCAUUGAAUUCUUCAACUCUCUAACACACAAUGAACGACCAAGCAAAGUUUGUAAAAAUAACACAAGAGUACAUUAAACGUUUCAUGGCAAGGCGAAUGCCAAACAUUUUUGAAUGCAAAUGUAUCUAGAAUUUAAGGAGAUCUUUAUACAUAUACAAUUGAGGCGGCAGAGCGAUGGAUUAACGAUAAUUAGAUAAACUAGAUAACGACGCUACUUGAACUAAUCAAAUUGAAUUGAAAAUCGAAAUUGAAUCUGUUUACCCUGCAAUUGAAUGUGUGCGUACAACUUUUUCUAGUGCAACAUUUUGAAGCAUUACGAACUAAACUAUCAGCAUUUCUGAAUAAAAAACUGCAUACAUAUAUUG